UAUUUCCACAUUCCGCUUGGUUGUUCGUGAACCCUUCCUCCGGUGGUCCGCUUUGCCGGUAAGCAGAGCUACCGACCUCGAGCCCCGUCUCCCCUCAGCCUCCGCCUCCAUUUCGCGCUUAAAAAUAGCCCACGGGGGGGAGACGGUGCUUCUCUCGGCGUCUUUGGGUCGGGGUGUCGCAGGGGACCGCCUCGGACAUGGUGGACAUCAGCAGCCCGUUCCUCAACCUCCAGAAAGGAACCUCCGUCCUCCUCAACGUGCUUAGCCGGGCCGACACCAAUGGAGACGGAGUUGUGGCCAAAGAAGAGUUUCUCAACUUCUUUUGGGAUGCCAUCGCGACGGAAGAUGAGCUCUGCGACCUUUUCGACGAGAUCAACGUCCACAGCACAGGUUUCAUCGAUGCCGGCGAGUUGAGUUCAUUUAUUUGGCGACACAUGGGGAACUUCUCGGCACUCCUGGCUGCCUUGGAAGACCUCAGUGCAGCUGUCUCCAAGGGAUUGCACCAGAUCGAAAAGAUGUACGAAGGAAGCUCUCUGCAGGACCAAUUUGUCACGAGGUUCAUCGUCAAAGAGGCUGUCUUCCAACUCUCCAAGCUGUCAGCGACGUUAGAAACCGCGCAGAAAAAAUUCCAGGAAAAUGGGAUUCCCCUGAUCGACGGAAGUGAUGACGAAGACGACGUCGUCUGUCCUCAGAAUGCACUGCCUCCGAAGAGCCUCCAACCCUACAAAGCAUGUCCAAGCCGCCGCCUCCCGGUCCGCGUUAGGAAGCAGGUGGUCACGCAGACGUCCCUGCACUUGGAAGAAUCAAGUCAGGACCUCGGAGCCCAAAUCAAAAGGCUAGAGGCCAUUGUGGAGAAACUCGCCAAUCAGCCCAAAUUCAGGAAGCCGCAGGAGGAUGCGCUGGACAUAACGGAAGAAAGCUUGAUAUUCCUCGUGCAACAAACAAUUCCCGUGGCCGAGGAGCAACUGGACAGCUACCAGACUUCCCUGAGACAUUACACCGAGAAAACGGCAACUUGUCCCGGCUGCCUUCUCGUAUCCGUGCGCUUUUACAAGGAUAUCACCACUUACGCAGUCUAUGAAAUCUGGGAAAGCGAAGAUUCUUGGAACAAGCACUUGAGGUCCCUCACGUACAAAACGCUACAGCACCAAAACAUCGAGUGCCUUCGGAAGCCAGAGUUUCUCAACACAAUGGAGAUACCCGGUGCGUGGUGGGAGGCAGACCCCGACAGACACCUAUCGCUGGGAAAUCCAUCUUGAUCACUGCCACGUACCAUACCUUCCCAGGAGAACGUAUUGUACAAACGAGAGGAGUUACUGGAAAUAAACCGCACACUUAAG